GCGUACAUGAAAAAUGCCCUGUGCCUGUUCUACCUGUGGAACUUGCCCCUGGACGGAGGUGAAAGACAAACGCUGUACCGCGCGAAGGUAAGGAAGGCUAGCAGGGGGCAGGAGAACAAACUUCAUCACGCGGGGGACAACUACGGCUACCUAGACGAAGGAAGGAAUUCAGAAUACGAGGAGAUUCUCAACGAGAUCAUUUAUGAGUACGAGGAGGAGGAAAGGAAAAAAAAGGCAACCAUAGCAAAUGUAGCAAAUGGAAAGGUAGGCAGUCAAGUAGGCGGUGAAGUAGGCGACGAAUUAGGGAGAGGGGAGCGACAACCAGGUGGCCACGAGCGGGGAACCAACGGUGAGUUAACCCAUAGUACACACCAGAAAGGGGAGGACACGCGUAGGAGCCCCUCCGAGGGAGAGAACCCGCAAAAAAGGAGCGCACAUGAAUCGAACCCCCAGGAAGAAAUUAAGAGAAUAGAAAAAUUAAAAAGAAAUAAUUUCCUCAGCUUGUGCAACAUAAAUUAUGACGUGCUGAGCCUACUGUUGAAGAAGGAAUUAAAAGUGGAGGAACAAGAAGGAGACGACCACUACAACAGAGUUAGCAUGUUCCUGGAGAGGGAGGCACAAAAAAACGGGAACGAGACGGACGAGGGGUACGCUGACGAGGGGUACGCUGACGAGGGGUACGCUGACGAGGGGUACGCUGACGAGGGGUACACUGACGAGGGGUACGCUGACGAUGGGCACACUGACCAUGGGCACACUCGCCAGGGAUACGCUGACGACGGCCGCACUGACCGCUACGCUGGUGACGACCUCUACAUUGACGACAGCCUUGGCAGGUACCUAAUCAAGCUGGACGCAAGCUUCAUAAAUUCAAUUUCAGCAAAGGAAUUCCACGUCCUGCGCAACCGGAUGUACAAGCAUAUUAUAUACUUAAAAUAUCGGUACCUGCGAAACUACAAGGCGGCAAUUCAAGCCCUAAAGCAGAAAAAGGAAACGCGGGCGGAGCACAUUAACAAGCACGUUUCGGUGGUCUACGAGGAGGGGGAGGAUGACCAGGCUAGCGGCGACCCCAGCGAUGGCGCGUGUAGCGACCGCAGCGAUAACACGAGUGGCGACCGCAGCGAUAACACGAGUGGCGACCGCAGCGAUAACACGAGUGGCGACCGCAGCGAUAACACGAGUGGCGACCGCAGCGAUAACACGAGUGACGACCGCAGCGAUAACACGAGUGACCAUCCGAACGGUGAAUCAAUCCGUAAAAGCGCGCAGAUAAGCCCCACCGCGCAGGCGAAUAACCCACGUAAAGACAACACCACCAGAGUUAGCUUCCUGCAGCCGAGUAACGAAGACCCGGAAAAUCUCGAACAGAUAGACACGGAACUGUCCAUGGAGAACGUCAAAGAAAUCAUUGACGUUAAUCAAAGACUCUCCAAAUUGCAGACAAAUUUUAACGACUUAAAAAAUUUUAACGUUUUUCACCUCCUCGACAGGAAUACUUUCCUCAAUAGUUUACGAGUGAACAACUUCUGUUUUUACAACUACGACUGCCCCUUGCUGUUUAAAGCGAUGAAGGCGUUCGUGCGGCGAAUUCGACAGGGCCGCUUGGGAAAGCCUGCCCCCAACGAACGAACCAAUGUGGGCGGCGAAAAGCGCAGCAACAGCCCUGGGGAGGUUCGCCGCGAAAAGCGCAGCGACAGCCCUGGGGAGGUUCACCGCGAACACGCGCAAGCCUUCGCCGACGACCGCUGCGCCUAUGUGUGCGUCCCCAAGCUGAGCGACCGCGGCUUCCUCAAGUACCAAAACAAAUCCAUCGUCAUUAACCUGUCAACCAAGGGGGAUCAGGAAAAGGACCACCUCCCCCCCGUCAAGGAGCUAAACAUCGACACAGACAAAGGCAUCCUCAUCCUGAGCGCAAACGACAAGCACCUCAACGUUCAUGUGAGAAAUAUUUGCGAUAAAAUUUCGUAUCUAACACAGAGCCUUUCCAUAUGGCCGCAACUGAACUAUGACAGUGAAGAAGCUUGCCCAAGAAACGUCCAUAUUGUAAAAAGGAUACUCAUGUUAAUGCUGUUCUACUUUGACAUAAAGAACCUGUUCGUGAUCUGCUUGGAUAACACAAGCUCAAAGUUCUUUUACCAUUUUCUAAACAAAGAGGAGGACAAUUUAUUUAAAAAUCUGCACACACAAAAAAACAAUCAACAGGAAGAAUACCUAUAUGUCAACUUAAAUGAUCUAAAAUUUUCACACAUUUUUAACAGAAAAUUUGUUCCCUUAUACGAUAUGAAGAAAUUUUUUAAAAAUUAUGUAUUUCUCAUGAAAAAGGAAGAAAAGUUUUACGACAUUUCCUCUUUUAAAAGGUCCAGUCUCUUCAUGUUUUUGGAUGAACAUACAGAUAAACACAAUCACGUAAUAUCCUCAAAUGUACAGCAUUUUUUUUACUACAAAAAGUUCGAGUACCCAUUUAUUUACAGUGUUGACAAUAAGUAUACCCUAAACACGUUACGCAGUUUUAACGAAAUCCUGCUCUACCUUACCAGCUGGAUAGAUAUUUUCCACACGGGGGAAAAUGAAAACAGUGGUGUUGGGGAGAAUGAUCAAGGUGCGCAGGGAGACGGAGACGAUGGGGCACCAAGUCCGGAUGUAGAAGAGCUGGAUAGGGAUGUAGAAAAGGAUCAAGAGGAGGAGGAAUUUAUUCAAAAUAUGAAAAAUCAACAACAGCAGGAUGAAGAAAAUGAAGACGAGGAUGCUUACCAAAAGGAUGAAAGGGAGUGCGAUGGGGCGUACGGGUCAGAUGGGAAUGACAAUGAAAGGGGCUAA